GGUCACAUCAUGCUGAUGACGCAUGGGUGUCGAUCUUCUGCCUGAGGUCGAUGAGCAGUGAGUCGACGAGGGCCUUGGACAGCCCCAGCACCGAGUCAAACGCACCGUCGAUCCGCUCGAUGUACGGCUCAACCAAUGGGUGCUCAAUCAUCAGACCACCUAAACACACAUACACACAAGAAGCGCACACACACACACACACACACGGACACACGGACACACGGAAAGACGGACACACGGACACACAACGCAGGGCUGCAUGAACCAAUCAAUUGGUGUUAGAAGUUGCCCCCCACGCACCAGCACAGUGCAGGAUAUCUCCCUCGUCGAUGAGCUUCUGGAUGAUGUCGUCAGGGAUGGGCUUGAUGUGGAUGGUCGCCGUGUCCACACCACUCACCUGCACGCACACAUGCGCACACACGCAACACACAGUAGGUAACACGGUAAGGCGGCGCACCAUUCCAUCUGCUCACCUGAGUGCGUGUGUGGAGAUCGGUGAGGACACAUGAGCCGACUGUCUGGCAGGGCGACCGGCCGUAGCCCUCGAUGAACUCCCUCGCCUCGGCGCCGUCGUGAGGCUUCUCGCGAAUUCGGCCCUUCCACACAACGACCUGGUCACCUGCACACACAAACAGUGCGGACAUCCUGGCACACAUGCUGGUCGCUCUCUCUGCGUGUGGUCUGACUGACCUGUGAGGAGUAUCCUGUAUGGCGAUUCUGUGUUGGCCAGCUUGUCCAGCAGCGCCUGUGCCUUGGCCUUGGCCACCUCCAGCACCAGCUCUGAGGGACAGCUGGCGCGGUCACCCACCUGCUUCUCAUCAAUGUCAGCCGACUCAAGAUGCAGAUCAAAUCCCAUCUCAGUCAAGAUCUGCCUGCACACAUGGAGCACAUCCAUCCCAUGAGCAGCGCAUCCAUCCAUCCACCAUACUAUCCAGUCAAUCGUUGUAUGUGUGGUACCUCCUGGUUUUGCUUUUCGAGCCGACAAUGAGUGGCGGGCGCCAGGGCGUCUGCCCAUUGGCUGCAGACGACAUGAUGAGCCCUCCAGCAGCUGUCCUGUGCUGCCUGCGAUGAGUGGAAGACCGCAGCAGGAAGGCGUGAGCCGGGAAUGCAAUGAAUUGGCAGAUGGCGAGGGAGAGCGAUGCCACGGUGCUAAGGGAAGCGGCUGGACUCAUUAACAGGCCCAAACCGCGAAG